GGGAGUUUACCAGGUGCAUCGUGCACAGGCAUGUGAUGCUGUGCUGCUGACUGGUCGCAGAGGACGUUGCGCAGCUGCCUUGGAAAUGUCAGCCCGGUCGGAGCGGGAUUCUUGGAGCCACAAGUACCGGAGACAGCUUUCCACUGACGUCCAGCAGUACCGGCAUAUGACGGAGAUACUACACCGGCCGAGCGGAAUGGCAGUGCAUGGUUUGUCUGGAGAUGCUGUGAGUCUGAAGGGAACUCUGUCAGCGUAUGAGGAAAACUUCCCAGUAGCUCUUCCUGUACUGCUGGAUGUGGUCAGGGGUCCAGACCAUCUUCCUGCAGAUGAAAAGUCACAGGAAAUGCUGCGAGGGAAACUGUGCAUGCUGGAGGCUGACAGCUCCGAGGUCAAUACCCUAUUUAAGGUUUCCUGCGCCAUUGUAUGGAGAACCUACUGCUAGAGCAGACGUUCUGGCUCAGUUCUUUGAAGGAUGACUUUGCUAUUGAGGUGACCAUUCAGGAGGAAACACUUAACCUUUUCUACAGAGGCAUCCUCCUACAAGAAGGUUCAUUGUUUGCCAGUUGCAGUGCUAGCCAGAUGUUUGACAGUUCAACCUCUGGAGGAGACCUGUACUUGGAGCAGGGAGACAUAGCCCAGUUCGAGCCUCCCUUCCUAGGCUCAGGGUGGACUGUUCUCUGUCUGGCUGAUGGAGCACGGGGCACUGCACCUAGACCUGCUCUGGAGCCAGUCAUCCCUUUCCAUCAGUGGUUUCUCAAAUCUUGUGCAGAAAGCAUUUUAGUAGGUGAUGGGAAAUCUACCUGUGACUUCCCUCUGCACUUUGCCAGAGGAACCUGUCUAGCUAAAAAGGAGUAUGAUGCUGAGGGCCCGGACGAGCUGAGCGUGUCACCUGGUGAUCCCAUCACGAUUGUGGGAUUUUUGGUGCCUUGUUUUGAUUGGUUCACGGGGAAGAAGGAAGCAACAGGAGAAAUAGGUCUGGUCAGGACAAGCUUGGUAAAACCGUCCACUGACGCUUACGAUGUUGCCAGGGAGACAGCCAAGAAGAAACACCUUUUCUGGUCACAAACUCGUUUAUGCUUCCUGUUGGGGAAGCUCUGUGUGGGUAGGUCAAAGUUCAAUCAAGCCCAGGUUUAUUUUGAGGAAACUCUCAGUGUCCCAAGAGAAGGCUUCACAGACCUCAGGCUGUUGGCCAGCAUCUUCUCCAACCUUGCUGCAACAUAUCUUUUGCAGAAAAAUACAGAAAGUUUCUUUGCUGUGACAGAACGACUUGUUGCCUUACUAAUAGGAAUCCCAGAUUGUCUGAAAAGCUUAGAGGACAACUCUUCUCUUAAAUACAUGCUCAAGAAAGCUAUCCUCUCUCACAACAAAAUGGCAGAAGCCCGGGCUUGUCUGCUGUUGGCAAAGCACCACUGGACUUCUGCUAUGGGAGCUCAAGUUGUUCCUUAUCUGGAAAGGCUACUCAUUCUUUGUGAUGAAGCUCAAAGACCAUGGAGGAUCUCUCCCAGUCAUGGAUAUCUGGCACUGGGAAAGCUUUACAGUGAACUUCACCGUCCCCACCUCAGUGCCAGUUCAGUCAGGAGAGCUUCUCUGCUGCCCUCUGCCACCCUCUCUGACUGUCUUGGCAGUAUGGUAUUACUUUUGGACAGUGUCGCUGAACAAGAAACUCCCGUUCCACCUCAGAUGGCUCCAUAUUUGCACAAAGCUCUCACUUUUACAAAGCUCCAAAGUAGAGAGAGAAACCAUUACCAAAUUUUGAGCCACCAGCUCACUGUUUGUCUUUGCCAACUCUAUUGCAAACACAAGAUGACGGGACAUGCGAUUUGCCAUAUGCAGGCUCUCAUCAACAACAGUCCUUCGAGGCAAGUUUGCAUCUCUGUUUCAGAAAGAAAAGGUUUUCUCAUCUGGCUGGCGUGGCUUCACAUUGACAACAGUCAGCCUGCAGUUGCUUUGGACAUACUGGAAUCAAUCCUGGCUUCGAUUCCAGAGCACUGCACAACUCCUCAGGAAGGUGUGGUUCUCAACAUGCGGGGCGUGGCACUUCGAUGUAUGGGUGAUGUUCGGAGGGCAGCAGAGAGCUACCAGGCUGCUAUUGACAUCUGCCAAGAGUUUGAAGAUAUGCCAAACGGGGCCGUAGCUCAGGCCAAUCUAGGGUUGUUGUGUCUGAAGGCUGGAGCGAAAACACUAGCAGAGAGGCAUCUGUGUGAGGCAGUUCAGCUUUUCUCUGAGCUCAGUGAAGAAAGCAAUGUGGAAAACUUUAUCCCCGUAUUGAUGGAGCUGGGAAAGUAUUAUGUGAAGCAACAGCAGCUGGACUAUGGGAAAGGAUGCUAUGAGUGGGCUCUACUUCUGGCAAUCAAUGCUAACUUGUUAGAGUACGAGCUCGGUGUAACACGAUGUCUGUGUCGUCUGUAUGAGUGUAAGAUUCCAAACCAGGUUCAGUGGAUAAUCUACAGUCAGCACCAAGUCCAGCUGCUGAGACGCACCGGAUACAGAGAACAGGAGGGAGAAGCACUGGAAGCAAUCAGCCAGAUCUACCUUUCUAUUGGCACAGAACAGGCGUACCGAGCUGCUCUUGACUACACCAAGACCAGUCUGGGUAUUUUCAUUGACCUGGGCUGCAAGGAGAAGGAAGCAUAUGGCUGGCUACAAGCCGGGAAGAUCUACCAGCUGCUGGGCCAGAUUGAACUGGUGGACAUUUAUGUUCAGGCAGCUCAGGAUGUAGCUUUGAGCACAGGAGACACAAGCUUUAUCUUGAAGCUUCUUGAAACCGCAGGAGACAUUUUCUUCGACAGCUGCCGGGAC